AGGCACUUUCUCUCCGCAUAGUAUACAACACAGACUCCAUCCUUCUCUCGCAAGAGUGGCAGAGUUCGACGUUCUCCUCCGAGCACAGAAAUGGCCGACCAACGAAUUGGCCGAAUCUCCGCCUAUUUCAGUGCCGCAAAACCUCUUCUCCCUCAAAAAAGACCCCCAGACCCAAUCAAGGUUACUGGCGAUGUUGACGCUGCGGUUAGGGUUCCCGGUGCGAAGAGGGUUCCUCUUGCGGAGAUUCCGUUGAACAGGUCACAUGCAGUGGUGAAUGACGACAAUGUUGCGUCUUCUGAUGCAACUCACUGCAGUUCAAUUGCGUCGCCAGUGGCUGCUCCUGCAGUUGCAGUUGGUGCGGCGAAGGAGAAUCUGUGUCAACAGUGUUUCGAGACUCCGAGGAAAGAGCCUCAAGUCUCUGAACCGGUGGAUUAUUUUUCCGCGACUGGACUUUUUGAUGAUGAUUUUGAUGAGUCCAUUUUAGAUCAAAUUGACACUUUGUGUGAGCUGAAAUCUGCAGAGAAAAGCGCGAAGCAGCAGGAGUUAGGUCUUAGCUGUGAUAAUGAAGUUUUUAGUGAGAGCAAUAUUGUUGGUGAGGUUAGUCUCACAGGUUCAGGUUCUAGUACUGGUUCUGAGGUUAUAGGAAGUGGUGAACUGUUUAGCUCUAGGGUUGGUUUAGAUCGUAAAGAAGAAGAACAGACGGAUAGUGCUACGCAAAGUUUAAAAAAUGGCAGCAUGCCUGAUGAAUAUUUGAAAUACUUGCAAUCCCUAAAUGAUAGGCAACGAGAAGCUGCUUGCACUGAUAUAUCGGUUCCUUUAAUGAUUGUGGCUGGUCCUGGAAGUGGAAAGACAUCCACAAUGGUUGGGCGCGUUUUGAUGCUGCUUAAUGAGGGCAUCAGUCCGUCAAACAUUCUUGCAAUGACAUUUACAACAGCAGCAGCUUCUGAAAUGAGAGAACGUAUUGGAGGCAUAGCUGGGAAGCCAACAGCAAAAGAACUUACAAUCAGUACUUUUCACUCAUUUUCCUUGCAACUUUGUCGUUCAUAUGCAGAUAAGUUGGGGCGUACAUCUGAGUUCUUAAUAUAUGGACAAGGGCAACAACGAAAAGCAGUUAUUGAGGCUGUUCGAUUAUUAGAAAAUGGAAAAAGUAAACAUAAAGAUGGUGCAUUGUUGAUUAGUGAAAACUCCGAUAUGCUAACAGGCCCUAAUCAAUUCAAGGAUAAGGCAAAGAAAUGGCUAAACUUUGUGACUCAGGCCAAAGCCUCAGGAAAAACUUCUGCGGAAUAUCGGGAAAUGGGCAAUGAAAUAGGAGCGGAAAUUCUAGAGAAUUACAAUUAUAUAUUAAAAUCUUGUAAUGCUCUGGAUUAUCAUGACUUAAUCAGCUGUUCUGUGAAGCUGCUUACUGAUUUUCCGGAAGUUUUCAGAGAAUGUCAGGAUUCAUGGAAAGCUGUUGUUAUAGAUGAGUUCCAGGAUACUAGUGCCAUGCAAUACAGGCUUCUAAGCAUGCUUGCAUCACAUCAUAAAAUAACAAUUGUUGGUGAUGAUGACCAGUCCAUUUUCAGUUUCAAUGGAGCUGACAUUUCUGGAUUUAUUUCAUUCCGUAAUGAUUUUCCAAACUUCAAAGAGAUUAGGCUUAACAAAAACUAUCGGUCCACUCGUUACAUUAUUGAGGCUGCAUCUUCUCUUAUUCAAAAUAAUGCUAAGCGAUGUCCGCGGAAAGAUGUUCUUACUGAUAAUUCUUCUGGAUCCAAGAUAGUUAUGAAGGAGUGUCACCAUGAGGAUGCACAAUGUGCUUUUGUUGUUGAUAAGAUCUUAGAAAUUUCUUCUAAUCAUUCAGUAGCUAAGUGUUCUUAUGGAAAUAUUGCAAUUCUCUACCGUAGGCAGAUAUCGGGGAAAGCCUUCCAAAUGGCUUUUCGUGAUAGGAAAAUACCGUUUAACAUUCACGGUGUGGCUUUUUACAGAAAAAAGGUAGUCAGAACUAUCAUUUCCAUGCUUCGAACAGUGCUGCCUGAUUGUGAUGAUAGCUCAUAUAAUAGAGUUUUCAAGGCUUUACUUCCAUUGGAGAAAGAUAGAAAAAAGAGGGUGAUUGACCAUAUCAACAAGAUUUCAACUAUUAGAAAAUGCAGUUUCUUAUCAGCUGCUUGCGACAUAUUUAAUGCAAAGAUUUCUGGUACCUUUAAAAGGAGUGAGCUUACCCAUGGAAAGAAGGUAUUAAUGACAAUAGACAUCAUAUCAAAGCUUGUUCACAGGGAAAAAUCAAUCUCAGCUAUCAUAAAUUGUGUGACAAACAUGAUACCUGAGAAGUACCUUCUUGAGCAACGGGCAUCCGUUGAUGUUGAUGGAGGGAGAUUGCUGAACGAAGACUAUGACGUCAGAUCUGUUCUUCAAUACAUGUUAGAUGAUGUCUCUGAGUUUUUGUCUACUAAAUUCAUUGAGAUAAAGGGGGGAAAGGAUAUAUCAGAAGAUAAUGGAUGCAUUUUUGUGCUAAAAGCAUUCAUUGAUUAUUUAUUUGAGCGUGAGAGAGAAAACUUUUGUGCUAGGAGGAAGGACAAUGAAAAUUCUGUGACAUUGACUACCAUUCAUCAGGCAAAAGGUUUAGAGUGGGAUGUUGUCUUCAUAGUUAAGGCAAAUGAAUCUGAGAUCCCUCUAUUACAUGAUUUCAAAGGUACUGUAAAGGAAAGUGGGGCCUUGGUUGAGGAAGAAAGACGUUUAUUAUAUGUUGCAAUGACUCGUGCAAGGAAGCAGCUUUUUAUCCUCUAUAUUACAAUGGACUCAAAUUGGCAGGUGCUACAACCUUCACGAUUUCUGAGGGAAAUCCCUCAUCAUCUUCUAGAGGUUCAGGGUGAAAUGACUUCACAUGAACCUCAAAUAAAGCACGGAGCUCAUCAAAAGGAAACCACCUUUUGUAGCACAGAUUUUUUGCUGAAAGAGCAGACGUUAGAAGCAGAUCGGGUCCCUAUGCCUAAUGACUUAGACAAUAAUCAUUCUCACAAGGCUUCUGAUGAGCUUGCAGAAUUUGCAGAGGCAACCAAUGGCAGUAAUUUCUUAAGAAGAUUUAAUGUCGAGGACAGAUCUGUUGUUUCCCAUUUAUUCCAUCAAUGGGCCAAAAAGAAAGCAUUUCAAGAUCCAAAGAGAUUGCUAGAUAAGGUUGGUUUUGUAAUUGAUGAACGCCUUAGACAGCAGAAAAACAAAAACAAGGAUUUGUUGAAUACACUAAAAUCUUGCAUAAGAUGUGAUGAAGCAUUUCAGUAUGCUCAAUCUAUUUUGAGAUGGGAGCAAAUUCCUGCUGAUAAACGUGCUCAUCUUAUGAGGGAAAAACAGGAACAUUUCUUGAAAUUAAGGAUUGAGAAAGCAAUGGGUUCGUCAACACCAACUGACAAACAGAUCUCAUAUUUGAAAAAAUUGGGUUGCACCGCGACCCCUACAUCACGCCUCCAUGCAUCUCAUCUCAUUGAGCAGUAUAAAUCACUGUAACAAUUAGUGUUGGGAUAUUCUCUUUUCCUGCCAAGCUUGUUCAAUGUUAAGAACAUAGUGAAGGCCAAGCUUGUUCCAUAUUAGAUUAAUACAUGUGAAUUACAUAGGGCAUUUUGGUAGUCAUAAUAUUAUCGAUGACAAUUUGCAAAAGACCUAUUGGUUACCCGCAAAAAUUACCUAUGAUAUGUAAGGUAAUUAUCAGCUAAAUGAACAUGGGGUUGAGUUUGGAAAUUAUCCUCAGCGUGCUCUUGUAAAGAUAUCUGCUUAAUGUGCCAAAUGGAGAAGCUUUGCUAUAACUUAAAA